AUGCGUGCUCUCUCCUCUGUCGUGGCAUUGGGUAUGAUACCAUAUGUAUCAGCCCAGGCAGGCCCUUGGGGACAGUGUGGAGGCGUGUCCUACAACGGCCCAACCACCUGUCAGCCUGGAUGGUCAUGCAUUUACAUGAACGAAUGGUUCAGCAACUGCCAGCCUGGUGAGAGAUUCAUGAUUCCCGGCAGUACAUCGUUCCCGAAAGCCGAUGGGUUGAAAUUCAACAUCAACGGCGAGACCAAGUACUUCGCUGGCUCCAAUGCGUACUGGCUCCCAUUCUUGACGAAUAAUGCGGAUGUCGAUUCCGUGUUUAAGCAUCUCCAGGAGACAGGACUCAAGGUCCUUCGCACCUGGGGAUUCAAUGAUGUGAAUAGCCUCCCGGGCUCUGGAACUGUUUACUUCCAGCACCAUGACCAAUCAACCGGCAAGACCACUAUCAACACCGGUGCGAAUGGUCUACAGCGCCUUGACUAUGUGGUCUCCGCAGCGGAGAAGUACGGAAUCAAACUGAUCAUUCCUUUUGUCAACAACUGGAACGACUAUGGUGGCAUGAAUGCCUACAUCAAUGUCUAUGGUGGUAGCAAGGUCGAGUGGUACACUAACACCAAGAUCCAAGAUGUCUACAAGGCAUAUAUUAAGGCUGUGGUUUCUCGGUACAAAGACUCCCCUGCCAUCUUUGCCUGGGAGUUGGCCAACGAGGCCCGCUGCCAGGGUUGCAGCACUGACGUUAUCUACAACUGGGCUAAAACGACUGCUGCCUAUAUCAAAUCCCUCGACUCUAACCAUAUGGUGACUACUGGCGAAGAGGGCAUGGGCUUGACCGUCGGCUCAGAUAACUCCUACCCCUAUACAACCUACGAAGGCAAUGACUUCGCCAGGACUCUUUCUAUCCCGGAUAUUGAUUUCGGCACAUUCCACUUAUACGUGGCUGAUUGGGGCAUCUCUAACAACUCCUGGGGCAACGGUUGGGUUGAGUCCCAUGCUGCUGUUUGCAAAGCUGCUGGGAAGCCAUGCAUAUUUGAAGAAUACGGCAUUAAGGAUGACCACUGCUCUGACUCACUUGACUGGCAGAAGACCAGCCUUGCCACCACUGGAAUGGGCGGUGACAUGUUCUGGCAGUAUGGCCAGCAGUUAUCUACUGGACCGUCCCCCAACGACCAUUACACCAUCUACCUGGAGUCCAAUGAGUGGAAAUGCGGUGUAGUUGACCAUGUCAAAGCAAUCUAA